UAAUCCGGCAACACGAAAAUUUCGAGCUGGCAACCCCCUUUUCGCACAAGUUUCGCCCGAGGUGAACACGCGGAUUUUACUUGGUGGAUUUUCAAUUCGAUAAAUAAGCCGGCAAGAUGACCAAGAAGCGCCGUAAUGGAGGACGCAACAAGCACAACCGUGGCCAUGUGAAGCCCGUGCGCUGCACCAACUGUGCCCGUUGCGUGCCCAAAGACAAGGCGAUCAAGAAGUUCGUGAUCCGCAACAUCGUGGAGGCUGCCGCCGUCCGUGAUAUCACCGAGGCCAGCAUCUGGGAUGCUUACGUCCUGCCCAAGCUCUACGCGAAGCUCCACUACUGCGUCUCGUGCGCCAUCCACUCCAAGGUGGUGCGCAAUCGUUCCCGCGAGGCCCGCCGCAUCCGCACGCCCCCACUGCGUUCCUUCCCCAAGGACAUGGCCCGCAACAACCAGAAUAGGAAGUAGAUCUUAUCCAGAUAGCUGAACUGAAGAAUCCUGAAUGCAGUCUCAAGAUCGAUAUGGAAUCCACCAUGUAGCAAGUUUUCUUUCAAAUGGACGUGACGAAAUAUACGGCAUUCAGUUUUUUAAUUUGAAA